AUGGAUAGGCUUCCGUGGGGGCCAGGCCGCGGUGAAGCCAUCGAUCACAUUCACCGGCGUCUUCUGGAUCAAACGUCGCUCACAUUCCUGCCGCGUCGCCAGGUCAGCUUCCUGGAAGAUUAUGCCCAUCUCCCGGGGGCGGAAGAGUUGCCCGUUCGUGAGAGAAUCAAGAUGAUUUCUGACGAUUACCGGAGAAAGUUUUUGAGGCGUAUAGAGACUGUGGUCCAGCAUUCGCAGCAGGCUGAUAUAGACCAGGUCUCGGAGUUCAACUGGGAAGCAGAUGCCUGGCGAGAUAUCUUUGGGAGAAUCAGAGACGACGAGCGGCUCCACAUGGACAAGCGCGAAUACAAUUUCAAGGUCACCGUUCUUGACCCUUCAAAUACCAAAGAUGGUCGAGAUUCGUAUAUGGGGAAAAGAAUACCCGAUAUAAGUUUUAGCCUGUCCUCCUACAGCCUCAGUGACCCAGACGACGAAGGCGUCGACGAGAGCGAAAGGAGAGUACGGAGGCCUCUCCAGAGAUCACGUUUGGCUGAAACUAUCUGGACACCCAAUCCGCGCCACUCCCUGGUCCCUGACCCAAAAUGGGGGAAGCUUACCCUUCUGUUCCCAUUCGCCGUUUACGAGGCGAAAAAACACGAGAGAUCCGAUACUGAGGUUACAAUGCAGCUAAAGCUUGCGUUUAACACCUAUCUCAGGAUGCUAGAUGGAGUAGUUCGUCAACCGGGCAUACAAGAUAACAAUCAGUCCCCAAGAAGCGCAGGAUUUCAAAUUUUUGGCUUUACAUCUAACGGCAGCAUAUGGCGCAUGUAUGUUGGUUACCUUCCUAGUCGCGUCACGGAAGACCCCUAUGCCACCGAAGACCCCCUAUGUGACAGUGAUAGUCAUAUGAAACUUAUAUGGUGGGGGAGCACUCUUAAUCGCCAGCACGCUGGUGAGCUUCUUGAUAUGGUUGACCAAGUUCACGAAUAUGCAGUUACCACUCACCGACCGUUCAUCGCGAGUCAUCUCGAAUCGUGGGAAAGAUCUAUAGAAGUCAACCAAUGGCUAUCUCGGGAAGCAAAUACUGAUCCUGAUCUUGCGGCACUAACAAAUACUACGGAAGAGGCCUUGUUGGACUGGUUUUCGAUCAAGUCAAAUGGAGCAGAUGUUAAGAAACUGCUGAGAGAUAGACGGGGGAAAGAUAUCCUGCUAACGGAUGACGAUGUGAAAUGCGCAAGGUUAAAAGCCAAGCUUAAGCAGUUUGAAAAAAAUAGACAGAGACCAGAUGAGAAGUCCGUCCCAGAACGCGAGAGACUGACAAAUUUGUAA